GUUCUUCUCUCCCCAUCCUUUCAGGCUUUGCUUUCAACCCCACGACACACAAACUAACACAACCCGAGAUGAAGCGAAUACACAAGAGUUGAUCGAACCCAAGGCGAAGGCGAAGGCGACGGCGACGGCGACGGCGACGGCGACGAAAGGUGGUGGAUGCGGCCCUGACUUCUCCCCGCCACCUCCUCGGCCUUCAUCCUCCUCGCCUCCCCCUCCCUCCGCGACGGUGGCGGGCGCCGCCCGCAGAGUAAUCAGCCAUGGUUAGCAUAAGGAGAAGAAGAUAUUUGGGGCUAUGUUCCGGGAAAAGUUCCUUUCCUGUUUUGCUUCCUAAGCCAAUGGAUAAUAAUAUUUCUGUGGAUAAUUCUAAUCCACAUGUGAAUCUAAAUAGUGUGCAUCCCGUUCCUUCAGUCGAUACUGGCCUUGGAAAGAUGGAAGACAAGUCUGCAGCAUUUUUUAGAUCCACGAAUGCAUUUGACUCAAGCAUGUCAAAGGAGGAGCCAAAUAAUUACUAUCCUGGCAAAGAAAUUAAACGCAGAAAGCGACAUAGGAGAAAGCACUAUGAAGACCAGGAGCCAUGCAUAAUGAGAGGGGUAUAUUUUAAGAAUAUGAAAUGGCAAGCAGCAAUAAAAGUUGAGAAGAAACAAAUUCACCUAGGAACAGUUGGAUCUCAGGAAGAAGCUGCACGAUUGUAUGACAGAGCGGCUUUUAUGUGCGGGAGAGAACCUAAUUUUGAGCUCUCAGUGGAGGAAAAAGAAGAACUUAGACAAUACAACUGGGAUGAGUUUCUGGCCCUGACUCGCAGUGCAAUUAACAACAAGAAGCAGCAGAGAAAGUUCAGUGUAGGGAAGCAAAAAAAGUCAGAGACUAAAACCACAUAUAGCAACUGGGAGCACGAAAGAGCCACUCGUGCGUCAUCUAUGUCUGAUGAUGAAGACGAUGAUGUCGAUGUCGAUGUCGACCCUUAAGUCUGUCUCAUAAUUAACCAAGACCCGAGAAAUCCAAAACAACAAGCUCCCAUAGUUACAGAGUCGAGACUAGUUUCUAUACGUGUAUAUAUAGAUGAUAACCAGGUAAUAUUCUUGUUAAUUUGCUUUGCAACUAAGGCCCCUAUUAGGGCGAUUUACUCUUUGAAGCAUCAGUAUCCUCAAAUACGUUCUUGUUUGAGAUACCAUUUGUCAACAUUUUUCAGAAAGUCUUUUUCUUACCGUGCAA